CUUUGAUUUUUAUUUUUAACUUCAGUUUCAUUUACUAACUGAUCGCGAAAUCAAGAUUGCUAAUUUUUAAGUUAAUUUCAAAACUCGUUCAAAAUUUUAGAGUUUAGAAUUUUAAGCAAAACGCUGUGACUUCAGCAUAAAGUUUGCAGAUUUAAAAUUUUGCCAUGUUGUGGACAAAUGGGCUUCAAGUCGUCGUAUUGGCAGCAGGUCGUGGUUCUCGAAUGACGGAACUGAUUGGGAGUUCUGUACCAAAAUGCCUUAUCCCGUUUGCCGGAAAUCCCCUACUUUUUUACCCUCUUAAAUGUUUGGCGACGAAUGGGUUCAGCGGAAAAGAGGUUCUCAUCAUUAUCCAAGAACGGGAUGAUAUUCGUCGUACCGUUUUAAAACUGGGAGAAAAAUUGGGUUUGCUCAUUGAUACUUUUGAAAUUCCUGAAGAAUCCGAGGAUUUUGGAACGGCUGAAUCCCUCCGAUUGGCCAUGAUGGCGAAAAAGAUUACGAGAGACGCUCUCAUCUUGUCCUGUGACAUUGUGGGGGAUCUUCCCAUUCAGAAAUUGUUGGAUCUUCACGGAUUAAGAGAUUCGUCCUUUACGUCGCUCUACAUGACCAGCAUUCCACCAAGUCCAACCCAGUUGCCCGGACCUAAAUCGAAACAUGUCGUCGAACGUGACAUUGUGGGCGUAAUAGAAGAAACUGGGGAGCUCGUCCUGAUGGCUUCCGAAGCUGAUUUGGACGAGGAACUCAUCAUCCCAACGAACACACUCAAGAAAUUUCCAAACUUUAAGCUCCUCACGUGGUUGACGGAUUGCCAUGUCUAUGUCGUCAAGAAAAAGGUGCUGGAUAAACUGUGCGAUAAGCUACACGAUGGAUCAGACAAACAUUUAAGUCUAAAGGGCGAAUUUCUUCCGUGGGUAGUGCAACAACAAGGUGCUGCUGAUGGUGGCAGUACUAGUCAGCCUCCUGUUGAGAAAUUCACUUAUCCAUCUUCCAGCCAUUAUCACAAUCAAAAAGUUGUUGAGAAACCAGAACCAAUAACUUGCUACACGUUAAUUCAAGAGGAAAAGACUUGUGUCAGGAUAAAUUCGAUCCAUAAUUACAUGUUGGUGGUCCAAUCGUUGGAUUGGUUGAAAGGAUGCUUCCCAAAUAGUACGGCCCGAGCUAAAGAAACCAAGAUUGCGAGAGGUGGAAAACUGACUGGAGUAAUAUUAGGCGACCAUUGCACGGUUGGAGAAAAGUGCAAGUUGACCAAUGUCAUUAGUUUGGACCAUGUCAAGAUUGAGGACAAUGUAGAACUGGUCAAUGUUAUCGUUUCCUCGAAUGCACAAAUUGGAAAGGGAGCCGUGUUAAGCCAAUGUCUCGUCGGUCCCAAGUAUCAGGUUCAGGCAGGAGGAAAACAUACCAAUGAACAUUUGACAGUAAUUGAGGAGACGUUUUUCGAACCUUGAAUCACGAGAAGAAAGCAUGAUCCCGAAUUUUUUCUACUGAAAUCCAGCAUCGACCCAAAAAUAAAAUAAAAUUGAUAAAAAAAUUGGUAAAAUAAAUCUGAUCACGAUUUUCAAGAAUUAUAA